CGUUGUAGCAAUACACGCCGAGUUGCGAUGGAGCAACCCCAUUGCGUCGUGGACAUCGAACAAGGCGUCGCCGUGUGUGUGGUAUGCCUGCAGCCCUUGGAGUGGGUAGCCACGGGUCGGUGCGGCCAUCGCGCUCUUUGCCCCAAAUGCAUGGUCUCUGUCCGGGUCGCGGACAACAAAAGACAGUGCUGCGUGUGUGGAGCCUGGUGCCCCAAGGUGGUCGUCACCAGGGCCAACGCCUGGGACGCCUCGCUCCUCUCCAGAUGCCGUUCGCGAUGCGAGAAGGCGACCACGGCCGGUACUGGUACAACAGGAGGACGGGGGCCUACUUCGACGACUACCAGCAAUAUCACGCCGUGCAACGCGCGUCCGACAUAAUACCGCUGCCCUUCUAUCAGCCCACGAUUAUGUUCCUGCUCGUUUACGCUGCCAGUUUCUUCUUUGGAGGAGUUCUCGGCCAUGCCUUGGCGAUGAAUGCAAAGCAUACAUGGUCCAGAGUGAUGGCUUAUGCUGUGUGCAUUUUGGUUUGCCUGAUCAUAGCUAGCUCCUUAUGGUGCGGGCCCAGGUACUGCUGUAACGUGGAGGAAUCCAAAAACGCCGAGAUGGACCAAAUUUCAGGCAAUAGGAAUUGAAUU